UAACAAACCUUCGCGAGAAAGGGAAACGAGAUAAAAACGGUGGAGAAAAGCGCUAAUUUCUCAUUUAUUUUGUUAAGGAAGAAGAAGAGAAGGAGGAAGAGAGGAAGAUAGGAGACAGAAGGAUGCCUGAGCCUUUCUCUGAGCAUCUGGAAGCCCAGGCCAGUAUAAUCAUCCACCCGGGCUCACGAUAUCUCCGCCUAGGUCGUCCCUCUGACUCCGUGCCUCACACUGUCCUUCAUGCCAUCGCCCGCAAGAGGAAAAAGGGGCUGCCGGUGUACAGUGAUCCCUUUCUCAUCCCUCAGGCUAAGUUGGACAGAGAAGCUGUGCAAGAGCUUGAGGAAUGUCGCUUGAAGGUGAGCCACAUCCUGCAGUCUUCCUUAAUGUCUGACGGGUCGCGGAGAUUCGCCACACCGCCACAGCAGAUUGCAGCCUAUAAUAAACGCUUGCAACCUGCACAGGAGGAAACGGCCGAACCUUCCCCACCCUGGGUGCACAGCGACAAGGAAUUUAUUGUUGGUGAUGAGAUCCUUUCCCUCCAUCCUUCCGAGGAGUACAACAUCCACUUCCCUCUUGUCCGCGGAGACCUGAACAUUCACAAGGGCUUAGGGGGCUCGAUCAGCGCAGUCCUAGCCGACUUGGAGACGAUCUGGGGACACUGCAUCUCCAAUGUUCUCAAUGUGCCUAUUAAAGAUCUAAAGUUCUAUCGUGCUGUGCUCCUGAUCCCUGACAUAUACAACCGGGACUAUGUCAAGAAACUCACCAACCUGCUACUCAACGGCCUGGGCUUCGGGGGAUGUUUUGUCCUGCAGGAUCACGUAGCGGCAACUUUUGGUGCAGGCCUUGGCUAUGCAUGUGUGGUGGACGUUGGCGACCAAAAGACCUCCGUAUCAUGUGUGGAGGAUGCCAUUUCACACCCGGCGACCAGGUUGAGAAUAGACUACGGAGGAGCGGACGUGACGCAGGUAUUCCACUGGCUGCUGAAGAAGAGUGGUUUUCCGCACCAGGUCAACCCAGCAAAUAAGCUCGAUGCAAUGCUGCUGAGCAAGUUGAAGCAUGAGUUUUGCCAUGUCAAUCUGAACGUAUGUGGCGCCCAGGAGAAGAAGUUCACCGUUCACACACCCGGAAAAAUGCCCAUCUCCUACACCAUUCAGAUGGGUGACGAGCUGAUCGUGGCGGCUCUGAGCCUCUUCUACGCCGACUUGCUCAAGAUUACUGGGCCGAAGAUGAUGCACACACAGAAGCCUAAUAUGGGUGAUCCAGACGACCCUUUUGACGAGAAUUACCUGCGAGAGACUAGUAGGAGAGGAGGGAGAGAAGCUGCAGAGGCCAUGGAUGUAGGGGGGGGAGACGCAGGGGAUGGAGGAGAUGAAGACAUUGUGGUGGACGACCAGCCCCUCCCCCCCUCGCAGAUUCCGUCGUCCUCGUCUGCGCGGAACGACUCCCUGGCCUUCAACUCGAAUGAGAAGCUGCUGUCCCUGGAGCAGGCCAUUCUGACGAGCAUAGACAGAUGCCAAAGCGACGAGAUGAAGCGGAAGAUGUACAGCAGCAUCUUGAUAGUGGGAGGAGGGGCUAAAUUCGAGAGCCUCGGCAAGUGGCUGCAGAGUCGACUCUUGUUGCAGAUUCCUGUUGCAUAUCGUCCAGAACAAAUUGAGAUAAUAACCCGCGCGAAGGACAUGGAUCCGUGCAUGACGGCGUGGAAGGGGGCGGCGCUCAUGACCUGUCUGGAAGGAAGCAACGAGCUCUGGAUCCAGCAGACGGAGUGGAACAAGCAUGGGGUGAAAAUCCUGAGGGAGAAGUGCCCGUUCAUAUGGUAGCCAGUUGGGGGUUGGAUGCGCGUCUGUGUGCGUUUGUGUGCAUUUGUGUGUGUGGUGUGUUUGUGAAUCAAGUGUAAGUUAAAUUAAGUGAUAAAGUGAUAAAGUAUUGGUUUUAU